UGUUCAGUUUUUCAGGCUUAAGGAUCUGCCGGCUCCGCCCGUUGUCGGAGGGCAACUGAUCCCAGUCCUGCUGGUUGUAGCGGGGGCUGUGGGAGUUACUGAGCUCUCGCUGUAUUGCAUCUCUCUCCCUUUCUGGGUACUGAUCAACAUUCGUGUUGGAGUUAAAAAGCUGGUUGGGAAGGUUUUACUAAUCGCGACAUCGGAAAAGUGCGGGGUUGAAUUUAUGCUAACGAGGUCGAUCAUUAACCCCACUUUAAUGUAUAUUUUCAAGAGUGAUGUGCGCCUAAUUAAGUCACAUUUAAACUAAAAGUAAGAGCAUUUCGCUUCAAAUAAGUGAGAAUUGUCGGGUCUGUUUUAAUUGGAAGAGUACUGGCUGGAAACGUACCGACCGUAUAUGCUCGUUUAAAAUGUAAUUCUUAAUAUGCAUUGGAAAAGCUGAGAGCACACGAAAGCAUUUGGAGAGAGACUUGUCUUCUGGGGAAUUUUUCUACGAGGGUGUUGUUAACGUGCCAUCAUUUCCACUCAUGUCAGUAGACUGAAGGAGACAAUUGGCACAAAUGCUGAAGGUCAUAUGAAAACAACACUAGCCGUGAUGGGAAUACAACCUAAUUUAUAAAACCAUAAACUGCAAAAUAAAAGUGUGCGUUCAAAUAUUGCAAAUGUAAUUUGCAAAUUAAUACAAAUAUGUUGAAUUAACACAAAAGCAUGUAAACUGCAACACAGUUCAGUUAACAAAGACUGACCUGUUUCCUCUUUUAAGCUGUUUCAUUAGUAACUUUAAACUGAGAUGUUAAGUAUGUUGAGUUACACGAAAGCUAGAAACAGAAUAGAGUAAUGGAAGUCAUUUUCCAUUUUAACUUCAUAACCAAUCAGUCCCUUGAGAGUUAUUUCUGAAUUAUCGUUGUAUAAUUCCAUGGUAGCACUGUCAUCAACCAUGUGCUAUCAACAUGAUAACUGGUGUUGCAGAUUAUCAAGAAAGCUCACCAGCAGUACAUUUGCAACAGGAUGAAAAAAAUGUAAAUGCAAAUAACUUUCCCCAGAACAUGGCAGAAUGCUUCAUGAAACUGAACAGCAUAAAUGGAAAUGUGGAAAUUUCUAUUCCUUUGGACGAUUGUGGAUUAGAUGUCAGAAAUCCAUCUAUGAACCAGAAUUCUAUGGAGGAACAAGAUCCUGGUGAAAUUGACAAAAUCCGAAGAGAGAGAACUGUACUGGAAACUCAUAGAUCUUUCAACUUAGAAGCAUUAGAUCCCAGUGAUUCAAUUAAUGCCAGCUUAGCAGGCUACAUGGAGGAUCCUGUUAGCAACAUGAAGCAUAUCUUAAAUGGAGCUGAGUUAGUGAGUGUGAGAGAGGGUUUACAGCUUAAUGCUUCAACAAACACCUCAAAAAACGAAGAAAGCAAUGAGUUAUGGAGUGACUUUGCAGGUUAUGGUAAAGCAUCUCAGUUUUGUGGUACAUUUCAUGAAUUGUCUUUGAGGGAAAAGGAUGAUUUUGCUGAGAAGAGUUUCCAAAAACAAAGCUCCAAAAGUCUUAAUGGCACCUUCAUGAAUCAUCACUUUCCAAUCCAACGCCAUAAAUCCACAAAUGGCAAAUGUGACAAUGAAUUGAAAGCCUCUGUUUCAAUUAUCGAUGCUUGUGCUCCAAAGUUCAACAUGUUAAAAUUAAACUUUUCUGGGAAUGCUGAAGGAGAACUACUUAGAGGCCACAAUCCAGGCCAAUCUGCAGCUUUUGUUGAUGACAGUUUCAUUGAUUCUGCAGUGAAUUGGACAACAUUUGAAAGUAAUGGCCAGUUAGAUAAUGACACACUUCAGAUUGACUGUAGUGAAACUGAAUUUUCAGACUUUGGUGCAACUGGAGCAUUGUGCCCUACGAGCUCUCCAUUUUCAGAAAACCAGGAGAUUGUCUCUGCAGGUUCAGCUCUGAAGGCUGAUACAAGGAAUCUCUUGGAGAAGGUUUUUCAGAACUCCUUUCCAUCUGAACCGAUGAAACAUUCCUUUGAAGACAUCCCAACACUUCUCAAGAUACAUGGAGAAGAAAGUGAUGCCAUUAAAGCAAAGACAAGUCCUGAAUUUCCAAGUGCCUGGGAAGUCCUUCAAGAUUUAAAUAAAGUGUCCUCAAGAUCCAGCUGGAAUGUAUCGCACACUCGACAGAAGCUCCUUUCUACACUGGGAAUUGACCAAAAUCAAAAGGACAUUGGGCAAGGUGACAUCUGGUUUCUAGAGGACAGGAUGGGCUGCCGUUCAGACCUGGAAAUGCUUAGUGCACUGCCAAAAGUUACUACUGUGACUGAAAAUGGCACCAAGACACUAAUCCAAACCAGGAUCCCCGUAACUCCUUUUCCAAGAACUGGCCGAAGCUUUACACAUCGGCUAGAAACUGUGUUUAUUCAGUGGUUACAGGUGAAUGGAAAUAGAGUCCGAGAUGUCCCAAGGAUCAAGAGAAAUUCAUUGUUGUUGUGAUACACAAUUUAAAAUGUUCAUAUUUUGUGCUUUUCCCUCAAAUUCUUUACUAACACCAAUUUGUUUCAAACGAUUUUUCUAAAUUUUUAACUUUUUACAUGGUAUGAUCAUUCAGCAUCACAUUUAAAUUCAGUACACUUAAUAUUUCAAAAUUUACCAGAAUUUAGUUACAGCACAGGUAUUUUAAAGCAAGUAUAAUUUACAAUCAUACGUGCAUACAAAUUAGGUGCGAGAGUAGGCCAUUCAGCCCCUUGAGCAUGCUCCACCAUUCAAUGAUAUCACGGCUGAUCUGAUUGUGGCCUCAAGUCCACAUCUGCCUACCCCCAACAACCUUUGAAUUUAACAGAUUGCCUAAAAUAUUUAAUUUUUAAAAAAUCUUUCAUUCUCGGGAUGUUGAUAUCACUUGCGUGGCUGCCCUUUAUUGCCCAUCCCUAACUGCUCUGAGGAGGUUGGGGACCCUUUUCUUGAACCAUGAAGUAGUUUUAUACUACUGACCAACUUUCAAGGUCACCCCUAAGGAUAGCUAAUUGUUAACAUUGAUAUGGGACUGGAAUCACAACACAGGCCAGCUUCCCUUCCCUUGGUGAAUUGGUUGGGGUUUUCCCAACAAUCGAACAGCUGAAUGGUCGCUUUUAUUGAUAUUUAUUUCCAGAUAUUUAAAAACUGAAUUCAAAUUUUCAGCUGCCACGGUGGCAUUUGAACUUAUUUUUGCUGAGUUAUUCAUUCAGUUUCUGUAUAUGUAGUUUAAUAACAUAGCCAUUACACUGCUGUACCCCCAUAAUAUUUUGGGGAUACAUUUAAAAUGUGACUACUCCUUCACAAUUUUAAUGUGGAGACUGUACUGCUACUUUAUCAAUGCAAAGUGAUUUUAGUGCAUAUCAAUGCAAAAUUAGAAGUAUAACUCAGGAGAAUACCCAGCAAAAUAAAACUAUGAGGUAUGAGGCUCCCUCUGUGGAAGAUGACUCUUCAAGGGUUUGAGUUUUUACAGUGUGGUACACCUCCAGUCUUAAUGGACCAAAGUGCAGUUUCAUUCCUUUAUCUGCAUCGAUCUUAUGUGGCUGCUUCAAAAUAUAAGAGCUUCAAGCAGAGAAUGCUUGCAGGUAUUUCCUAUAUUUUGGUCUGUGUUACUGCUGUACUAAUAAAAGUUUAUAAUCACAAUGAUCAUCAUGUAAUGUCACUUGGUGCAAUAGAAAUAAAAUCACGAGUGCUGAUCUA